AUGCUACAUAGUUUCCUGUUAUCUACCAUUUUGGACUUGGUUUUCAAUGUUGAUAACCAGAACGACUUCAGCGACAACGUCUACUUAACACUGGAGGUUUUCGCUGCCUGUUGGAAAAUGAGCAGCUUGAAAAUGUACCACGAAAAUUACGCAUUCCUGAUGGACACUCUUGAACGGGAACCCCUGGCGCCAGCGAACGCUGACGAAAUCGAGAUUCGAACGAGAUUCGACAAGAUCGCGCAAAGAAACACGAAAACCUACAUGCUUUCUUUGGUAGCAUGUGUUGGGAGUAUGCUUGCAACGUCGAUCUUCACGGACGUCAAAACAAGAAAAUUGUCGUAUCGAACAUGGAUACCCUACGAUUACUCUUCGUCUCUUUGGUUUACUAUUACUUACGUUUAUUUAGUGAUAUGUAUGGCGACCGUCGCGGUGAUGAACGUAUCCAGCGAUAGUCUAUUCAGCGGCCUAUUGCUCCACACGUACAGCCUUUUCGAGAUACUUGGACACCGUCUGAAAACCAUCAUAAAUUAUAGAAAUGAUUCGGUGAAACAGUGUGUUCGCCUUCACAUCCACAUAUACAGAUUCGCGAUGAUGGUGAACGAACAAUUCAAAUCAAUCAUCUUGAUUCAGUUUCUGGUGAGCACGUUGAUAUUUUGCAUCGAACUUUAUCGUAUGACGCAAAGAAGUGUCGACUCGAAAUAUAUCGAAAUGGUGGUCUAUGGUACCUGUUCGCUCAUGCAGAUACUGUACUACUGUUGGUAUGGCAACGAAGUCCAAGAGAAGAGCCUCACUAUUCCUGAAAUGAUUAUCGACAGUAACUGGGAGUCGUUGGACACCGACUCGAAAAAAACUCUUCUAAUGAUCAUGAAACGUGCAACGAUGCCCAUCGAAUUUAGUAGCUUUCACAUUGCAUCGAUGAACCUUGCGUCCUUCAUGGCUUUGUUCAAGACUUCCUACUCUGCUUACAACGUGCUACAACGAAGCGAAGAAUAGACGAGACGUUUUCCAUCCUUAAAAACGAAGAAGUCGUGGAUGAAAUGAUAGGAGAAGCAAUAUAGACAAUUGAAACCUGUAUUAGUG